GAGGGCACGAAAAUCGUCCACCCAAAGGGCCACCCAAAGGCGAAGCGCGAGAAGCGCGCACGCGGGGGCUAAUUUGAGGGAAAUUCAAAUCAAUCGAAGGUGCGCUGAUUUUUGCGACAUCCGCGCGUUAAGACGAAACACAGUGUUGGCCAUCUUAGUGUGCUGUGGUGUGGGGUGCGUUGCCGUCGGACGGAGAGCGCCCAAUGUGUUUGAAAUCGCGAGAGAAAGCGAGUGGUAAGAGCGCGAACGCGGUCACUUCCGGUCUCGCCAGGUGUGGGAGAGGUUCGAGUUGGCCCUCACGGUUCGGCCGGUUGCCAUAGUUCCCGGCGAAAGGACGGCCCGCCCGAGUGGCCAGGUGCAAGCGAUUUUCCCAGCAACAGUCGGCGUCGGUCGUACAUCGAAAGAGCCACCUGGUUGGGUUUGGCGAAAAAAGAAAACCCGCACCGCUAGGCUAGGUUCCCGGUCUGGUGCGACGGUCCCGUUUUUGGGAAAGUGAUUUCGUUAAAAUUCAGUCCGAGGUCGGGUGUUUCCAGGAGUGGGAGAAAAUCAACCCCCACCCUCGAGCGAUCAACGGGUGGCGAUAGAAGCGUGCGUUCGUGAGCAAGUGAAAGAGAGUGAGAGUGGAAGAGAUAGAGAUAGAAAGAGAGAGAGAGAGAGAGAGAGAGAGUGAGAGAAAGAAAGCGUGCAGAAAAUAAAAACACUCACGAUGACCGACAAAGUAACCAAAUUCGAACGGAUGGCCAUGACCAAACCCGUCCCCAUGAAGCUGUUCGCCGCCUGGGAAGUGGACCGGACGCCAUCGAACUGCAUUCCAAGAUUAUGCUCGUUAAAAAUCACCCGCCUCUCGUUGCUUACGCCGCUGCCAGCGGAUUUGACGUCGCUAUCGCUGGCCGUUCGGAUGCAAAGCUCGAAGAGAACGCUCCGGUCGCACGAGAUUCCGGUUCCGCAGUCGCUGAGUUCCGGAUACAGCAGUGGCGGCUCGGGUGGAACAGCAGCCGGUGCUGGUGGCGGUGUUGUUGGAUCAACUGGCACCGGUAGCGGCUCAAUUGGUGGUAGCCUAUCUGGGGGCGUGAUUGGCGCUGGGCAGCUUAAUUCGCCGCCCCUGCUGGAGACGGAGCUGGAUCUGCACUUCAGCCUGCAGUAUCCGCAUUUCAUCAAGCGUGACGGCAAUCGGCUGCUGAUAUUGCUGCAGCGUCGCAAAAAGUACAAAACGCGAACUAUUCUCGGUUACAAGACGCUGGCCGAAGGUGUCAUCCGCAUGGACGCGGUGCUGCAGAAGUCGAUGGACAUGACGGUGGAGCUAAACGGCUCGGGCAAGGCUGGCCGGGCUGGGUUGACGAUAGCGACAUUGCGCGCCACCCAGGUCACGUCGAUCCCUGUUGAUCAGGACAACAAGAACAACAACAGCCUGCUGGUGACGGACCGGGUGAACGAGUACUCGGAUGAGGACGAAGAGCAGGAGUUCAGCUCGGGCGACGAGAACGACGAGGGCCUGUCUGGGUACGCGGCGAAGCGCAACUACGCGGGAAAGCGGGAUUCGUACAAGAAGUUCGAAUCUGGCGAGCAAGAUGGUGAGCCAGACGAUGGUAACAUGCUGCCCUCGAACCAGGCGGAUAGCGACAGUGACUUCGACAACAUGGGCAAGGAAAAAUCACGAGGAAAAAUGAGCCGGCAACGAAACUUCAAACAACGCAUCAUAUCCUUGCUCAAGCGGUUUAAGGUGCCCGAGGAACUGGAGGGCGACGUACGGGAGCGAGGCCCGGCCUUGCGGGGCAAACGUGAACUGCAUGCACUGUUUCAGGAGCUGGAAUCCUUGUCAUGCGGCGAAGGAGAUGACUCCGGCCAGGAUAUGGACAGUCUUUCUAUCGGCUCCACGCCGAAGCCAUCGUUGAGGCCAUUCUUUGAGAACUCCGGUAAGCCGGUUCUCACGCAACAGCAUUCCUCGAUACAGCUAAGCUCGAUGCAGAAGAGUGGUAACAAAGAUUUUAUGCCAGAAAAGAAACCCAAUUUAGAGAAGCGUGACUCGCUCGUCGAAAAGAAAAGCAAUUCAAUAACAAUUGCCAAUAAUCUUAUUAAUAGUAUGAACGGCAACAGUAUUAAUAACAAUCAGACUAGCAAUUACAGUAACAUACAAGAUCGUUCUGGCGACUGGAAGAAUGACAGCUCCGGCAAUGAGGGUGGUGCAGGUAACACAGAUCCGGAGGCACUCAGCUCCGAUCCUCAGAACACCGGUAGUCCGCCAAAGGAGAAGGAAACGGCUGUCGAGAAGAAGAAUCGCCUAUUCCGCACAAGCAGCAGCACUCCAAACAGUGCCAAAAAGCAGAAGCAAACGCUCAGUUUUCAGGUGGAUCAACACCAGCAACAAUUGCAGCAGCAUCAUCAACAGCAGCAGAAGCCAUCGCCAUUGGAAACGUGCUUGUCGCCGACGAACGUCGAACCACGCAAGUCAUUGCUCGAGCAGCUGCAGCGCACGUUCACCACAGAGGAGUCGCUUCUGCCGGAGGUGGUCACCAUAGUGGGCCCGCCGGAAGCGAGCAACGCAUCGUUAACGCCUCGUUUGGCAGCGCUCAUAUCGUCCACGUUUCGGCCUACAUUUUUGCCCAACAACACCGCCGAGGUGAAAGCAAUAAUGCAAGCACUUAUGAACAAAAUUCAGAAAUACUGUAAUUCAACUGCAAAACCGCCAACAACUGUGAAAGUAGUUUUAGUCGGAGGAGAUUGGUUGCAGGGCGCAGUCCUGCGGCAUUACGUCGUGUUACUGAGCCUUCGUCCACCAGACUGGGUUAAUCAUAUCAGAUUCUACAUCGUUCCGUUGGGAUCGUGCGGUGUCGCUCGGUACAUUGGAAUGAUCGAUUCAAGCUACAUGAGCAUGUUCGGCACAGAGAGCUGGCAGCAGAUAUGCGAUCGUGCUGCCAACUUAGAGAGUGCACAAUCGAAGAACGAAUCGGCUGAACUAAUUAGCAGGAUACAGCGCUAUCUCAUAUCAGGGGGACCGUGCACACAAGUUCCUAUUGCCGAGGCGAUGGUCAACUACCGUGAUGAGGACUCUUGUCAAAUUUUUGUGCCGUUUGUCAGCGACGUGAGAAUUGGCUGUCUAGAAGGGCCACAGGUGUCUCUUGAUCUCGAUGAAUCCCUAACGUACGUAUCACAAGGAAGCGCUGAUAGAAUGCUGUCCAGCUCACCGCCCCAGAGUGGACGCACUUCACCACCAGCAUCGCAAACCCCUGCGGCUGUCUCCCAGGGACAGCUGAAAGAUCUUCAGCAGCAACAGGCAUCGUCAUCCUCUUCCCAAAUGCAGGAAUCGUUAGAGCUGCAGGUAGACUACUGGCCCCAGGUGCGGCCUAUGGUCGAUCAAAAGGAAAAACCACCCGGCAAGGGCCAGGAUACAUCUGGGAAGAACAGUAUUAAGAGUACUUUUCGACAUUUACAGGUCUGGAGACUACCGCAGGUUCCUAGUUUUGGAGAGUUUACGAGUGGUUUGACACUGAGCUUUGCAACCAAGGAAAAGAAACAGAAAAUUAUGAGAUUGGGCAAGAAGAAGGAAAAAGAUCGCGACGCUGAGAAGGAGCAGUGUGUUGAAGGAGUUGCUCGCUUGAUCUGUUCACCGAAGCAAUCGCAUGUUCCUUUGCGAGUGUACAUCGAUGGUACCGAAUGGACGGGGGUGAAAUUUUUCCAACUGUCUGCCCAGUGGCAGACGCACAUUAAGAAUUUCCCCAUAGCGCUAGUCGGUGCGCCGUUGGCCCCAGCAGAAAUGCUAACCUAGUCAGUUUCAUCCUCCGUCUUGACGGAGCUAUUACCCCCUCCAGCAUCACCGGCGACGCCAUCGUCAGCGUUUGGGUCGUCAUUGUCCUCAGCUCAUCCGAUUCGCGCUGGCGCCAUAUUUUUCGGUCCUCUGCUGUCAUCGACUUGCUCAACCGUCACAAAACUGCCACCAUUACCGCGUUCCGCUGGCUGUGAUCCUUCUGCGAGUUCACCGUUUUCGCCACCAGCUGCCGGUCCUAACAGCCAUCACGCUAGUAGCAGCAACACCACCAGUAGUACCGGCCACGGCAGCGGUGCAGCUCGUCUUCUGCGACCGCGGAGCUGGGCAGCAGUUAGUCGAACACGGAAUGACUAAAUAUUUGUGUACUCCCAUAUCCAGCAGGUUGUGCCACAAACGAGAAUGUGUACUUGUAAAAUUCGUAGCGGUCCCAGGAGUGCAAGGUGUACUCUCUUUCAUGUGGGAUUUAACUUGUUUUCCGUUUACUUUGUAAUGUUUCUUUAUUUUCUAUGAUUGCAAUACGUCGUAGCCGUUACAUUGUUUGCCUAUAAUUUACAUAUUGCAAACAACGUUAUGUUUAUUGUACCGUAGUAGUAGGUCACUCUGCUUACGCGUUAGCUCAUUCCAAAUUGAAAUGAGGCGAGCUCCAGAAGAUUUGUUUUGUUGGGCUGAUUGAUUUGUGAUAAAAAAUUAUUUGAGUGAGAUAAAACAUUUCCCACAGACACAAGUACAGUAGAGCAUGCUUUCAUCGUUGCUAGCGGCGACGCUGAGUAAAUGCGUUAAUGAUGGUAGGUUCUUGGCAUUAGUUUGGAGCAAACAAAACCUACUUCUUAGAACUAAUUGGUCAAAUUUCGCACAAUUGAAUCGAUUCCGGCAAGUGGAACACCGGAAGCCAAAAGUAUAUCGGCUGCUAAGGAAAUUACGAUGAAGGAAAGUCGUUGCUUGCAGUUACAAGUAUGGAAUUACAUCCAGGAGUAGGUGUUUGCUCAGGUAGGGGCAAACAAAUCCGUACGUGAUCAUGAGUUAGCGAUCACGAAUAGAAUGUUUCGUUGCGUCCCGUUUCACAUCACAAGUAUUGUAGAAAGCAAUGGCAUGCGUUUUAUUUAGCAUUCUUUAAACGGCUUGAAUGCGUUUGUAACGGAAUAAAAAGUGUAAAGAUAUGCAAUAUCCGACAAGGUUGGAAUUAUUUAUUUUAGCGAUCAUGGAUGCUUGUA